AUGGCACUCUCAGAAAAUUUGAUCUUUAACGUAACGAAGAAGGAACCCGAACUUGUUUGUGCCAACACCAAAACUCCCACAUCGACAAAUCAUGAAAUCAAACGCUUGUCAGAUAUUGAUGAUCAAAAAGGGCUUCGAUUUCUUCAACCAUCCAUCUUAUUCUAUCCUCCUUCGUCUUCAACAAUAGACCCUGUUGGGGCCAUUAGAUAUGGCUUAGCCAAAGCCCUUGAGGCUUACUAUCCACUCGCCGGUAGACUUUUCGAAGGGCCUAAUGAAAAACUCAUGGUGGAUUGUAAUAAUGAAGGGGUUGUGUUUGUCGAAGCUGAGGCUGAUGUGAAGCUCGAGGAGCUUCGUGAUGGGAUUUUGACGAAAUUUGCAUUUGUGCCGAAGCUUUCUUCUAAUUUGCCAAAGCUUUUUUGUAAUGUGCCUGGUUCUGAUGCGAUCAUCGGUAACCCUCUCUUGUUUGUUCAAGCAACAAGAUUCACAUGCGGAGGAUUUUCCUUGGGACUUUUAUUCAACCACUCCUUAAUAGAUGGUUCGGGCCUAAUGUUGUUCCUUAAUGCGAUCGGCGAGUUUGCCAAAGGUGCGUCGAAACCAUCCGUGGCGCCGGUGUGGCGAAGGGACCUUCUUGAUGCAAGAUCUCCUCCGAAGAUCACGUGCAUUCAUAACGAAUACGAUCACAAUUUUUUGAGCAAAAAACCACUCAAAUAUCCUAAGGAUACCUUCAUUCUCACAUCGAUCAUCUUUGGCUCUAAAGAAAUCCAAGCACUUCAUAAUCAACUACCAAAAGGUCGAUUUACAUCCUUCGAUGUGAUAACUGCUUGCUUGUGGAAGUGCCGGACCAUUGCCCUUGAGGCGCAUCCGGAUGAUAUUGUUCGUAUCACCUUGGUUGUGAACCUGCGCUACGGCGCAUUUGGGGUGAGUCUUCCACAAGGAUACUAUGGCAAUGCAUUUGUUUCUCCUGCAGCAAUAUCAAAGGCUAGUACUUUGUGCGAGUCGCCAUUGGAGCAUAUUGCAAACUUGAUUCAAAAGACAAAGAGCCAAGUGAAUGAAGAGUAUAUUAAGUCGGUUGCGGAUCUUAUGGUGAUCAAAGGUCGACCCAAAUUAGCCGAUACAUGGAAUUUCGUGGUUUCAGACCUAAGGAAAAUAGGGUACGGUGAGCCCGACUUGGGAUUCGGAGAGCCUUGCUUCACUGGAGUUCCGUGGGCGAAUUCUCUUGAUACUUUCUACGAUAAUGUGAAGUGUGAUGGAGGGGAAAAGGGAAUUCUUGUGACCUUAGGCUUGCCAUCUAUGGCCAUUGAAAAGUUCCAGUUUGAGGUGAAAAAGAUGAUAAGAGAACCAAUUUCAAAAUAUUGA